AAAGGAAGAGUUGAUUUUUCCCACGAGACGCGCCUCUCAUGCUUACCGCCAUGUUACCUCGGACCACCCCUUGCAAUUUCUUGGAACAAUGUGACGGCGGCUUGCAGAAAAUGCUGCCGCUAAUCAUUGCUUUUCGUUUAAGCGACGACAGCUUACCCCGAGCCUUGUAACCUGGGGCAACUUUAUAAGGCGUCGACAUGCUCUUGUCUCUAUUCCGACCACCACCAUGCCUUCUGCAGUUAACAAACCUGCUCCUGGAGUCUCUUUCUUCUCUCCUCACCAGGAAACCCCAUCUGGUACGGCCUUAUCCAAUGACAAACCAAUUCCCAGUCUCUUCCAACCUCUCACUAUCCGCGGAGUUACUUUCCAGAACAGAAUCUUCCUGUCCCCAAUGUGCCAGUACUCUGCUGUUGAUGGGCAUAUCACACCCUGGCACAUAGCCCAUUAUGGCGGUAUCAUCACCCGUGGACCAGGCCUCUCUAUUAUUGAAGCCACUGCGAUCCUCGCCAACGGACGUACCUGCCCAGAAGAUCUGGGUAUCUGGUCUGACGAGCACGUUCGCACCCUCAUUCCUCUUGUCGAGCUCGCCCACUCUCAGUCUCAGAAGAUCGGUAUUCAGCUCGCCCACGGAGGUCGGAAAUCAUCCACUGUCGCUCCUUGGCUUUCCGGUCAGGCUCUGGCUGAGGAGAACGUGGGCGGAUGGCCCAAAGACGUAGUUGCUCCGUCACCUAUUCCUUGGGCAGCGGAUUAUGCUACUCCCAAGGAACUGUCCAAAGAUGAUAUCAAAGAUCUACUCCGAGCAUACAGAGACAGUGCACUGAGGACUGUGAAAGCUGGUUUUGAUGUUGUUGAAAUCCACGCAGCCCAUGGAUACCUCUUACACGAGUUUUUAAGCCCAGUGAGCAACCAACGUACAGACGAGUACGGAGGAUCUUGGGAAAACCGUGUCAAGCUGAUUCUUGAGGUUGUCGACGCAGUCAGGGAAGUUAUUCCCCAGAAUAUGCCUCUGUUUUUCAGGAUAUCUGGCUCUGAGGGACUAGAAUACCUCGAUAUCCCAUCCUGGCGCUCUGAAGAUACUGUCCGUCUCGCACCCUUACUCAAAGAGCAUGGCAUCGACUUACUUGAUAUAUCGUCUGGCGGGAAUUCAUCGAAGCAGCGCAUCAAAGGCGCUCCGGCGUACCAAACUCCCCUUGCUCACGCCGUGAAGCAGGCAAACGUCCCGGGGCUUAUUGUCAGCACCGUUGGGAGCAUCACCGACGCUACGCUAGCUCAGAGUAUAUUAGACGAGGGCAGGGCAGAUGUCAUACUUGUUGGCAAGGGGUUCCAAAAGAACCCAGGUUUGGUAUGGGCCUGGGCAGAUGAGCUUGGGGUUGACAUUGCCAUUGCGAAUCAGAUCUACUGGGGAUUUUAUGGGAGGAGAAAGCCUAGAAACGUAUCAAGCGCUUGAUUUUUUUGGAUACUUCUAGACAGAGUGAAUUCCACUACAAGAAUUUGAACAUUGAUCUGUGACGCGU